AUGUAUUAUCUUCUGUCUGUCAACACGCACCAUUCAACUUUUCUUUCUUUCUUUCUUUCUUUCUUUCAUUCUUUCUUUCUUUCCCAUUCAACUUUUCAUUUUCUUUCUUUCUUUCUUUCUUUCUUUCCCAUUCAACUUUUCAUUUUCUUUCUUUCUUUCUUUCUUUCUUUCUUUCUUUCCCAUUCAACUUUUCAUUUUCUUUCUUUCUUUCUUUCUUUCUUUCUUUCUUUCUUUCUUUCUUUCUUUCUUUCCCAUUCAACUUUUCAUUUUCUUUCUUUCUUUUCUUUUUUCUUUCUUUUCUUUCUUUUUUCUUUCUUUUCCCAUUUUCUUUCCCAUUCAACUUUUCAUUUUCUUUUCUUUCUUUUCUUUCUUUCUUUCUUUCUUUCUUUCUUUCUUUCUUUUUCCCAUUCAACUUUUCAUUUUCUUUCUUUCUUUUUUCUUUCUUUCUUUCUUUCCCAUUCAACUUUUCAUUUUCUUUUCUUCUUUCUUUUCUUUUCUUUCUUUCUUUCUUUCUUUCUUUCUUUCUUUCUUUCUUUUCUUUCCCAUUCAACUUUUCAUUUUCUUUCUUUCUUUCUUUCUUUCUUUCUUUCUUUCUUUCUUUCUUUCUUUCUUUCUUUCCAACCUGAUGACUUCAAAAGGGAAAGAAAACGCCUUCGAUUCCUUCUGCCAUAUCACAAUCUAUCUAUCUAUCUAUCUAUCUAUCUAUCUAUCUAUCUAUCUAUCUAUCUAUGCGGGCUACCGUCACAGAACUCCUGGUCUGGGAAGGAGUCUGCUGCUUUCUCGGCUGACCUCUGCUCCCUCGGGAUCUUCACAGCUCCUAUGCCGUGCCUCUUCUGGAAACGCUGGAGCCACUCCUUGCUGGCAAUGAAAUCUCCCUCACCUUCAGCUACAUGGAGCUUGUGGUGA